GUAAAAUCGUAAUUUAAAUUCCUGUUGAACAUUUUCUCAAUCUUGACAAUUGCUAGUUAAAAUAUAAUCUUUAAUUUAUUUAGAUUGGAUUCUAGCUGUUUCUAAAUUAUGGAAGAAACAUCCAAACGAGGUGACCUUUCUAAUCAUACUAGUUGUUCCGUUAACAAAGAGAAGUCUGCGUCAGAGCGCGAGAGGGGCAAGAAAAGAAAAGGGUCCCACGAAUCUGAUGAGGUCCCGAAGAGAUCUCGGUCGGGUGCUCAGGCCGGUCUUUCUUCCGAGAAAGGAAGAGAAAAGGCCACAAGUUCAGCAACCACGGAAACCAACUUGACUCAAAGAUAUGGCCGCUAUCGGCGGACACCUAGUGCGCUUCCAGACGGCCCCAGGUCGGGUGUUGAGCCUGUUCCCACUGACGAUGAGCCAGACGGAGUAGAAAAACCUUUGUCUGGCCUUCCAGACGCCAACCUACGGAAACCCAAACGAUAA